AUGGCCAAGCACGCUCCAUUGACUCUAGGUGUUUUGGGUCGAUACUAUUCGGCCCGGCAUACUUUGGGACAGUACCGCUCAGCUUGUGUAACAGCAACGUACAGUAUAUCGUUCCCGGAUGACUCAUUGCUGAACGAACUUAAUAGUGCACUCGAACAUGCUCUACAAGCCACUAUUCGAGAGCAUGCCGGUCUGCGGUAUGGCAUUUGCGACGAGAAGGUAGAUGGUGUUCCGCUGUUCAGGCAGAUCCGCACGUUCGACUCCCAGGACGUGAUGAAAGUCGUCACAAGCCGACCUCGUGCUGGGGAAGGCGAUGGUAUGUCGGAUGAGCUUCUAUCCAGAGACCUCGAAAGCCGUCAUUCGGAGCUUUGGCCUGAGAACAAGCCAGCUUGGAGGGUUGUUGUCCUCAAGCAUACGAACAACUGCAAGUCACACCGCUCUCUCACAAUGCACAUUGCCUUCUUUGCACAUCACGCUAUUGCAGAUGGAUUAAGCGGAGUUGCUUUCCAUGCAUCAUUGAUGAACGAUCUUAAACUCGACACACCCAUUUCUGCGAAAUGGCCCCUGGAGUUGAACGAGAUACAAGACCCUCCGCCUACAAUCGAAGAAAGCGUGGAUUGUCUAUCAUGUAACUGCACUGUCUGCACAACUCCUGACAAAUCUGACGAUCCAGUUUGGGCAGGAGGUCCUAUUUCUACGGCACCGACGGAAAACUACGAGUCCCUUGUUAGAAUAGUGACAGUCCCCGCGGCGCCAUUUUCCGACUUGCUGAGAAAGUGCAAGCAGGCCAACGUCACAGUCACCGGUCUCCUCCACGCAAUCAUAUGCACUUCCCUAAGAAGUUCUAUCAAGGAAGAUGUCUCUGGCUUCCGAGCUGUUACGCCCUUUUCAGCACGACGACAUACUGGAGCAUCUGACGCAGAAAUCGUCAACCAUAUCUCUUAUCUGACGAGCUACAUAUCCCAACAAGAGCUACAGAGGUUUCAAAACUCCGCCCGCGGUUCUGCCGCUGAAGAGCAGCAUAUUAUAGACCUUGCACGCCGGUUUAGUAACGAAGUAGCGACAAAGGUCAAAGAGUUCCCGCAUGGAAGUAUGGCUACGAAACUCAGUCAAGUUCAAAAUAUCCUACAAGAAUGCCUAAGCCAAGGCGGUAGAGAAAGACGGUACACAUAUGAGCUUUCGAAUCUGGGUUUAGUUUCAAGCAUUUGUCCGCCAAAAGGGAGCGGUAUCAAACUUGACAGAUUGGUCUUCACACAAUGCGGAUUUGUUGCUGGUCCCGCGUUGGGAUUCAACUGUGUUAGCACUAGGGGAGGAAAUUUCACUAUCAGCAUUACUUGGCAAAGAGGGAUUGUCGCAGAAUCUGUCGUGGAAGACGUUGCUCAAGAGCUAGAAACGCGACUUGGGGCUUUUCAAUAA